GGGGUGUCGCUGGGAGGGGCAGCCCUCCUGGGGGGUGCCCAGAAGGCAGAGAGUUCCCGCCCGCGCCAGCCACAUGCAAUGUUCCUCCCCUGGCAGCGGGUGGUACAGUCCGGCCAGCGCGUCCCGUUGCUAGGGCACGGUCACGUGCACCCUGAUGCCCCCCCGGAGCGGUACGCGGGAGCCGUAGCCCCGGGCGCCGAUUAAUCGAAGCUGCCAUGGCCGAUGGAGUCGGGACGGGAGAGGAAGUAGGAGCCAUUUUGGUCCGGGUUCAAGAAGACCUUCACCAGCUUAAGGACAAACUGACAAGCAUCAACCUUGAACAAAAUGGAGAGGGUGUGGAUGUUCAUGUUCUUGAAACAGCCAUUGAAAGAACUGAAAUUGGGCUUAGAAAACAUGCUGAGAAUUAUUUAAAUGCCAUAAAUAGAAGUGUGUUGACUAUUCCCUAUACUGAUGAAAAAGAAAUGUAUUUAGAACAGCCCCCCAAAUGGAGGCUUCCUAUUGGUGCUGCUCAGAAGCAGUUUAUUUUUCCACGGGUGCCUGUUAAACCUCUGACUGCCCAGCCAUGUGGCAGAUCAGCACCACGUAUUUCUCCAGGUUCACAGCACAAGCUUGCAAUGAAUGUGAAAAUCAUGUAUGAUCCAGGGGACACCAGUAAUAGAGUUCUUUUAAAACAGAACUACGGAAUCAGUUUGCCACUUAUUAAUAAGAGAAAAUCAGCUCCUGUAUGCACUCAGAAGAUAGUGAAAGGCCCUACAGUUGGUAACCUCUCGGUUUUGCCUGCCUCUCAUCAAAUGGAUUCUCCCUUACCUAUAUUAGAAAGGGAUGCAAGGAAAGGUAUUCUGAAUCUAAUUGAGCGAAGGCUAAUUCCACCAGCAGCAAAGAUUACACUUGAGUCACCUCCUGUUUUACCCAAAGCAGCUCCUCUCCAUGAAUUUCACAAACAGCACAAGAAGCCAGUUGUAGGAGGGAUUGGUAGUAAGGUGGACUUUGCUGGUACAGACAUCUUCAUCUUUCCAGACUCACAAAGAGGUCCCGAUGACUCAUAUUCCUCAAACAAAGGUAGCAUUGCUCCACCUCCGUCCAGCAGCUCCAUGGCUUCAGCUAAGAAAUCAAAGCGAUUAUGGACACAACCAGCUCAAGGGCUGGAGUUGAUAAAUUGCACUUCCCCUCCGCCAAAGAGCCCACAUAUGAUGCCACCUCAGCCCUUACAGAAUACAUUUUUGGAUUAUGAUAUAACUAUUUACAAUGGCACUAUAGAUCAUAAGGCUCCAGAUUUCCUGGCAUUCAAGCAGCACUAUUGUUUAGCCUGGGGAAGUAUUCUUUCUUUCUUGGAAUAUGUUGAGAAGCUUCUCAAGGACUAUGCAGUACCAUUGGCUAUAAUAAAGAGUAAGAAGUUGAUGGAACUCGUAUCGGACUUUGAACUUAACCAGAGGCCAACCAGAGAUGACCUUCUGUCGGUGAUAAAGAACCGGACAACUGUGAAAAGGAUCUUAAAUCAACCUGGCCAGAGAUACAAAGGGCAACAUGGUACUGAAAUGGCUGCCACAAAGAUCCAAGCAACAUGGAGGCGCUAUACGGCCAGAAAAGCCUACAUCCAUUUCAGGCAGCAGCAGUGGGCAUCAGGUGUGAUUGCCAUUUCUUGGCUCUUGCAUAGUCACAUGGCACGUGUAAAAAAGACCCUGAAGGAAUCACGUCAGAGACACCUGGAGAAUUUUUACAUCAGGGCCAAGCAUCUGGCAGCCAACUGGAAUCGCAUCAGGACCUCCAGGAGGACUAUUAUCCAUAUCCCAUCAUUAGGGUAUUCCCAGUGCAUUCGUGAGGCUGCUCCUGAUUUUGCUCUUCAGCAGAAUUUGCAGAUGGGGAGGCUGUGUGACAUACUAGAUGCCAACGUUGACGUCAUCUACAUCUGCCCCCUUCAUCUGAGUGAGGAGUUACUGCAGUAUUACAAUAAACUCCUGGGUCUGCAGGCAGCUGUUAGAUCUGGGAACCCUGCGGACAUGGGUGACCUGCAGGACAGGUUCAAAAUUCUCACCCCUGAAGCUAUAAACAGCUUCCCAGGCCAUCACAUGUGCCUGGCCACUCAGCUGAAGUACAGUCCCAAGACAAUCAAAAGAAUAAAAAAUCUCAUCCAAGGCAAAGAAGCCUACAUCAUUGGUGGACUUCCUCACAAAGAUGAUUUAGCAGUGGCUGACAUAUUAAAUGUGCCCAUAUUGGGCUCUGAGCCAGAAGUAGCUCAUCUCUAUAGAACUAAGUCCGGAAGUAAAAGAAUCUUUGCUAGUGCUUGUGUGCCAAUACCUCCGGGAGAAUAUGACAUCUAUAACCAUCGACAGAUGCUUGAAGUUCUGAGUCAGCUGAUCAUAGAUAACCUGGGAGUGAGGCGUUGGUUGUUUAAAGUGGACAAUGGAUUUGGAGGAAACGGCACCGCAUAUUGUGACAUUGCCAGGCACCUGAAAUGCUACCAUUGGGCCCAGAAGGAAUGCCAGAGAUAUAACACUGAGAUGUGGAGGAAGAAAUGGGCACACGAGCCAGCUUUGGUGAAGAUCUCCCAGGAGCUCCCGGGCCUUUUAGCACAGCACGCACAGCCAGUCAAUGAGAAACGAUUUCCUACAUGGGAAAAAUUCCUCCAAACAUUUCUUAGUCAAGGCGGUGUGAUAGAAGCCUUUCCACCCUCAGAAAAUGUCACCAACCUUACAGUGGAUAUGCUGAUAGAGCCAAUGGGAGACAUAAGGAUAGUUUCAUCCGGAGAUCAGAUCCAUGCAGAUGGUCCUUUGCAAUCAUCUGGCACCACUGUUCCACAGUGUUCAGUUGAUCCAGCAGUUCUUAAUUCAUUAUGUUUAAAAAUUGGAGAGGCCUGCAAAUCCAGAGGGGUGCUUGGCUACUUCUCAGUUGACCUUGUAACUUUCAUCCACCCGCAAACAAUGGAGCAGCAGGUGUGGGUAACAGACCUUGACCUUUGCUACAGUGACCAGCUGGCCUUCACUCAGAUCAUGUUGUAUGUGACGAAUGGCAAUCUGGAUGGGUGCUCUAGCCGUUUUGAAGUACCACUUACGUGGAAGAAAACAAAAAGUCACAGUGUUCAGAGUGAGGAGGCAGAAACUCCAUCUCCAGUAAGCAGCCGCUAUGCAGUCAUGAGCAGUCAGCUGAGGCACUCCAACCUUUCAGUAAUUUACUAUAGUGUUCUCCUCCAGAUAUGUAAGGCUCAUGGCAUUGGAUUUGAUGUCCAGGAAAAACAAGGAACAAUUUUUAUACUGUAUGAAGAUCGCAAGCGGUGCAGAUUGGGAAUGAUAACAAUCGGAGAGGAUCUCCAGGGGGUCCUCAUGACCUUUGCUCACAAUCUCUUCAUCAUCCAUCAAGAAAUAUCAGCACCUAAUAUGCAAGGCGAGACCAAUUUUAAGGUAGCAGUUCAAGAUAUUGAAGCAAUUCUGGGAAUAACAGCAGAAAACCAACUGAAAUUUGAAGAAGAGGAAUCCUCCAAAGAAGAUGCUCCCCAAGAAUAGUUGACUGAAAUUUUAAAACUUUUUCUUUAAGCCUCUAGGAAAAACUUCCUCAUUCUCAGGAAUGCAGGAAAGAAAUAAGUUACGUGUUUUGUUGUCCUUGUCUAUUGUUGAAUGAAUAUUAGCUUAGACUGGGAAUUUUCAUGAUUACUGAGUGAGCUUAAAUUCUUUGUAAAACAGUAACUAAACUAUCCCUGGUUGUGCAAAGGGAAAUCUUGGUGAAGAACAGAGGAACAAAAUAAAGGUCCAUUUUCUUA